UGGAAACAAGAAAUUUCAAAUGCUGCCAUAAAGGCAAACGUUGUCAUUUUUAAGAAAUAUGGCAAGAUCUCAAUACAGUAAUCAGAGAAUGGAAUGGUUAUAUAUAUAUUUUCUGAAAACGGUGUGGAAAAGCUGUUAUGGUGGAGGUCGGGAAAAAAUUUUCGAUUGGCAAUUGAAAGAAUGCCCAAGAGACGAUCGCAAACAAAUUUGUCACUAUAUGAAGAAAUUACGCCGAAACGACCGAGCCCAGGCCGUACCAAAGGCGGAGCUUGUGCUGCUGCAAAUGAAGAUCAGGCUGUAUCACCGAAUGAUGACGAGAAGAAAAUUGAAUACAUGUCACCAAGCACGAUACGCUUUUCCCAAGAUAAGAUAAAUUACAAGUUUGCCGAUGGAAGAACGCUGGAUGAAACUUUGGACGACCUUAAAAACGGAAAGGUCACUGUCGAAUCAAUUCCGAUAAUUACCGUUUCAUGCGCAGAAAAGUCGGGUCAAUAUUUAACACACGAUAACAGAAGAUUGUGCGUUUUUCAAAAGUAUGAAGCCUACCGUUUCAGUCGUGGUCAAAAGUUAAAUAUUCCUGUCAGAAUUAGCACUGACAUACAUAAAAAACGUGUAACUACAAAGGAGUCUGGAAAAUCUGUUCAAAUAAUACACGAAGGUUAUAAAUCUAAGGACAAAAAGAGUCGCAAAGUCGACGCAAAGGUGUUAGAGACAUGGGCUGCUCAAAAACUUGUGAAGAAAAGUAAUUCAAAAUAACAUUAACAUGAUGAUCACGAAAGAAUGGUGGCCAUGUAAAAUGAUAGCAAAUGUAUUUUAGUUCAAUCAUAUUUUUUUUGCUCUUUACAUCUUUACAAGAACAGAACAGAUGCACAGCACAAAAAAAGCAUAAAGGGUUGGGCAACAAGGUCUUCCAACAUUAAUGAAUGCCCUCCGCUAAAAUGAAACCAAAUAUUGUAUGAAAGUAAAACAAUUAUUACUAUUAUACCACUCUUUGUUCAAAGAAAUUAUUCAAACUUUCAAAGAUUUCAGUGCUGGUCAUUGGUGUGGACUGUCAAUUAAUGUAAGAGGUGUUUAAUGGAAAUAAUUAAUCGAUUCUACAAGCAGAGAGUAAGGUGGUUAUACUACACAUUUUCUGUAUAUUUGUCAUUCUUUUAUAGCCCAUGUCUACAAUAUUUUUCCGUUACAGCUUCAUUUUGUUUUUGUUGAGGGUGCCCUGUGCUUCCGGAAAAUCUACCCUUACAUUUUAUCUUUUAAACAAUACAAAAUUAUGCAGGAUCAUUAGUCUAAGAUUGCUUUAAAAUUUCAUGAAAUCUCAAUUUAAACUUACGUCAUUAACACUAAGACUAUAACUCAUUUACAUUAAUCGAUAUACCAUGU